CCUGCACGGUGGGAGCCGCGCGCUGCAGACCCGGGUGCGGAGGACGCGGCGGGUCCGCGGGGACCUGAGCCCUCGGGAUCCGCGGUGUCCGCGCUCGCGGGGCGGCCUGGGAAAGUCAGCAGUCAGCAGCGCAGUGGCGGGAACCGCAGCCCGGCGGCCCUGGAAGCUCCCAGGUGUCACAUUGCUCAGUCAGUCCUGCUAACCUGGGAAGCAGAACCAAGAGCCCUGUACGGUGAAGAGAGGAGACAGUGUCAAAGGGUCCAGUUUUUCUUCCAGACACAGAAACCCAGAGAACAAGAAGAAGGAAGAAUGAAUGCUCCUUUGGUAAAUGCUUCCCAGCAUCUGGUAACAUUCAGGGAUGUGUCUGUGGACCUCUCCCAGGAGGAAUGGGAAUGUCUAGACUGUGCUCAGAGGGCUUUGUACGUGGAUGUGAUGUUAGAGAAUUACCGCAAUCUAGUCUUUGUAGGGAACCGAUGCAUAUGUCAUAAUUAUGAGAAUGUCUUGGAUCAAAGCUCAAUGCCCAUUGUCCAUCAGCAUGCAAAUACUCAAGUGAAGCCUUAUAAAUGUAACCAGCCUUGCAACAUAAUUCACAAAUCCUCCCAAUAUACAGAUAAUACUAGGGAUAGUGUAGAAAUCUGCAACAACUAUGUAUGUGGUAACCACAGAGAUGCUUCUGUUGAAUCAUUAAACAGACAUAAAAGUGGAAACCCUGGAGAAGAACCUUGCGAAGGUAAGGGCUGUAUAAACUGUUUAAGUUUGUGUUCCAUCAUUAGUCGGAAUCAAAGAGUCUAUGCAGUAAGGAAAAAAACAGAAAAUACAAAGCAUGAUAAAUUUUUUGACUCUAAACAUGAUCUCACGCUGAAAAGAACCAAUAGUGGGAAGAAACCUAACCAAAGCUGGAAAUGUGGGAAAAGCUUCAAGACAGACUCAAGCCUUAGUAGACAUCAGAGAGCUCAUACCAGACAGAAACACUAUAAAUGUACAAAAUGUAGUAAAUCUUUUCUACGUUUGUCACAAGUCAAAGUACAUUGCAAGUUCCAUUGUGGAGAAAAACCGUACAAAUGUAUGGAGUGUCCUAAGUGGCUUUAUCAUACAUCGGAAUUUAAAAGACAAUUCAGACUGCAUUCUGGAGAGAAUAUUUACAAAUAUAGUGAAGAUGACAAAUCUCUUAUCACAAAGGACCAUCUUGGACCUCACCCGAGACUUCACACAGGAGAGAAACCUUAUAAAUGUAAUGAAUGUGACAGAUCCUUUACCCAGAGAAGCAGUCUUAGAACUCAUUUGAGAAUUCAUAUGGGAGAGAAACCUUACAAAUGUAGUGAAUGUGAGAAAUGCUUUACCCAGAGAGGCCAUCUUACAAAUCACCAGAGAGUUCACACAGGAGAGAAACCUUACAAAUGUAGUGAGUGUGACAAGUCCUUCACCAAGAAAGAUCAUCUGAGAAUUCACUACAGAAUCCAUACAGGAGAAAAACCAUAUAAAUGUACUGACUGUGACAAAUCGUUUACUCAGAAAAGCAGUCUCAUAACUCAUCAGAGACUUCAUAUGGGAGAGAAACCUUACAGGUGUAGUGAAUGUGACACGUGCUUUACCCAGACAGGCCAUCUUAAAAUUCAUCAGAGAAUUCAUACUGGAGUGAAGCCUUACAAAUGUAGUGAUUGUGACAGAUCCUUUACCACAAAGGACCAUCUUAGAACGCAUCAGAGACUUCAUACAGGAGAAAAACCUUAUAAAUGUAGUGAAUGUUUCAAAUCCUUUAUCAGUUGCUCAAAUCUUCGCAAGCAUCAGAAAAUUCAAGGACAGGAACCCUACAAAUGUACUGAAACUGAAAAAUCCUUUACCAGCUCCUCAUCUCUUAGAAGACAUUAGAGUAUUCAUACAGAAGAGAAACCUCACAAAAAUAGUAAGUGCAAGAAAUCUUUGCCCACAAAGUCACCCUGAAAACACAUCAAAGAAUUCAUGCAGGAGAGAAACUUUACAAUGUAAUGUGUGAGGAAAAGCCUU